GGAUCGACGCAUUGACUCUUCGUCCAGCCUCUCCUCUAGGCCAAUGAAGGUUUCUCGGAGAACGUCAAUGGGGUCACUAUCAUCGUGUUCCUCGUCCUCGUCCAUCCGAGCUGGCCUUGUUUCAUCAGCCACAAGCCUCAACUCAGACAUGUGUAGUAUCAGUGUGUCUGGUGGGCAAUCCGGUCGGAGUGCAUCACAGCCGCCUGCCUCUGGCCCUGCUGAACAAAUACCUAAUUUGAUGGAUGAGAUGCCAUCUGUGUCAUCUUCGUAUGCCCCUGUGCCGAACUUAAUGGACGAUAUUGACAUGGUGCUCAGCGAUCCCUCGGGAAGUCAAGUUACGCAGGACGAUUCUACAGACGAAGGCAUAGACAUUGAUACUCCCUCAGGUUUUGGUGUGGGGGAGUUUGCCCUGUCAGGGAUGAAUAUUCCGUAUGAUUCUGAGCCCGAGCCGUUGGAAUCUCGUGCCCUUUCGGAUGGGUGUCACUCACAAAAUGGUGCCAAAGGCCUCAACCAGAAAGAGAAUGGGUCGCAUACCCCACUCAUUGGCUUGCUUCAUCCCAUCCGGCGUAAUAGCAGGGGCAAGUGGCGGUCAGGAGCUAUUCGGCAACCAGCGCCAGGGUCACCAACUCCGCCCUUGCUUUCUGUGGAUGUGGAAUUGCCAUCCGGAGGUUGCAUUUUGGAAGAUGGUGCGCUGGGCUUUGGAGGUGACGGUUGUGUUCUGAUGUCGAUUCCAGGUGCGAAGAAGAAGACGGUGCGAGUAGCAGUUGGGGAGAACCCGUACCUGAAGGCAGAUGACUUGGUUCAGGGAACAAUUAGGGAGGAAAGCAGAGGUGGUGGUCUUGUACAGUGGACGCAACAACGUCUUGCCGCAAGCAAAAUGUUGUUGUCAUCAGGGUUACGUUAUGUAGAUGGACUUGUGGGGGACUACCAUCUGAGGGGAAUGUCCAGUGAGAUGGCCUCCCCCAAGGUGGCAGCAGAGUCGAGCGCAAAUGAUGAGAGUGACCUGACUGACGAGGAGAACGAAUCUGUUCAGUCCAUUGUUGGACAUCGAUCUCUGAACGGAAUAAAAACAAGCGAGGAAGCAGACCAUUGCCGAGCACAAAGCCGUAUGUUGUGGCUGGCUUUGGCACAGCAGAUUGCCGACCGGAUGAGGACAAUGGCAGUGGCUGAUGCCACAGUGCGAGCGCUCCAGAAGCGUUGGAAUCAAUUGGAGAAUGGCUGGCGUGUCCAAGUUUAGCAGGGGGAGCUUACAGCCUGCAACAGACUGCGAGUGACCACGGGGGUGCUCAGUGAGAUGGCUACGUAGGGAGCUUACAGUCAAGGGAGUGGGCUCUGCCCCUCUGUUGAAGUUGAUGUGGAACGAUGAUUGCCAUCUUGACUACACUGCCAUCUUGACAACCACGUCCAGUCCGAAUUUCGAAAGAUUUCUUGCGAUGUUGCUUGCUGGCCUGUGGUAUUCCAUGUCAAAAGCUGAGAUAACAAGAGUCAUAAGACCCGCCGUUCCGUCACUUGGUUAGCAAGCUGGUAGUACCUCUGUGUACAGGAGGUCCCCCUCCCUCUCCCAGGCCAUGAACCUGGCUGGCAUUUUCUGAGUCUUUCCACGGCCAGCCGCCGAUAGGACAGGUGGUCCCUCCCUCUCCCCAUCUCCCCCUUGUCAACUCAGCAUCUUUUGGAUCCUCACCGAGUUUCUAACCCCCGCUGACAGGAGGUCCCUCCCUCUCCCCAUCGCCCCAAACCCCAGGCUGUCCCUUGACAGAUAGUUAGGCCAUCCUGCCGCUUUGCGGACAUCCCAUCCGGCGCACUUGUGAAGAUCGCAAGUGGUUGAUACGUAAAGAUCUGGUAAGGAUGGGCAUAGUACGUCGUACCUGGUCUGUUUCAGUACGUGCAGGGGAGGGGAGCUCCGAAUAUGUGCAUCGCACGAUUACUUGUCGCGUUCCGCGCUUCAAGGAGGGGAGCUCGGAAUAUGUGCAUCGUAUUUUGCCCGACUGCAGCGGUAUGUGCCUUACGCUAAUUGUAACACAACUCGCGCAUAGCAAAGCCCAAGUCUGUCGGGGAUGUUUUGCCGAUUCCAUUUCUUUCACUGUUUCACCCUUGGUCUUUCUCCAUCGGCACUGUGGAUUUGUGAUGAGAUAGAUAGAUUCAUAAGGCAGGCAUGUCUGCGGGCUAAGCAAGCUGAUGGUGAUGCUGUGUAUGGUGGCAAUGACUGACCAGGGGAGAACCAAAUCGCUGUGCACUGCUUAAUUCAUGCUGUGUUUUUGGAACUGGACUGGAUAUCGUCAUGACUUGCGACCGCGUUCAUCGUGAACUCGACUCCCAAAUGGUCAACAACGGUGGCGGACAAGGGAACUGUGUAACACUUCGGACGUCAUGACUGGUGAGAUCUAGAUAACAACCCUAAUCCAUGUAUAAGAAGAACAGGUAAUAACGUGUUGUCACUGGCUGGCCAGUAUCUAGGCAGAAGUUUGGACAUCAUGCUCUGGUCAGAGCGCAAUGUGGCUUAUAAUUCUUACAAGCAUGUUUUACAACCAAUCUUUGCUUUCAGUGUGGUGUUCGGGCAUAAUGGCGUAAUUGCUGGUGCGGUGGACAGCUGGUUGCACAUGUCUAUCUUCUCUCUCUCGCUCUCUUUCCUUCCCUCCAUCACCUUUGUGUGUGUGUUUGUGUGUGUGAGCUUACAUGUGUGCACUUUCACGUGUGCGUGUUGUGUGUGCGCCUGUGUGUGCGUGUCCGUGUGUGUGUGUGUGUGUGUGUGAGUGAAAGGGGUUGUGCUUACAUGUGUGUGCACUUGCACAUGUGUGUGCUUGUAUAUGUGUGCGUGCGUCUGUGUAUGCUUGCUUGCAUGUGCCUGUGUAUGUGUGUGUGUCCUUGUCUGUGUGUGUGUGUGUCACAAAUGUGCACUUGCACAUGUGUGCUUGUGUGCUUGCAUGUCUGUGCCUAUGGCUAUCAAACAGCCGAUCCGAAGUCGUUCUCUGCAACAUCAUGGUUUAAGGAGGUGGUGCGCAACAUGGAAUAUUAAGGUUGCGUUUCAGAACUCGUUAUCCGGCCCAUUAUGGAAUCAAGUCAAGGAUCUUUAAAUGUGUACCCCCCUUGUGCGUCUGACCUGCUGCUGACACUACUCGGCUUUGCGAGGUAUACAAGCUGAUGGACACCGAUUGACGGCCUCAAUAUGGUUCGGCGGUUUUUCUUUUUAGCUGUGGCUCAGACAGAUGUGGCGGUCGCUUUCAGGGAUUAAGUUAUUAUGGUUAUGUUUCAGAAGGUGAAUAUACCAUCCAGAGUCCAGACUUAUCACAACUGUCAGCAAGGUAUUCGGACGUAUCUAUCAAGGAAUCUUGGUUGUAUUCUUAACCGCUGUUUCUCUUUUCCUUUCCGGUGACCGUGGGAGAUGUCCACUAAAUGGAACAAGACAAGUGUAGUAGUGGUAUGAGCAGGUUGAUCGCACGAUCAAUGAGACAAAGCAAAGCAAGGCUAUUAGAGAGCUAAGAGCACACAUGUGCUUUUGUUCUCCUCUUAUUACAUCGCUUUUUCAGAGGUUGCAUCGCCAGGGAUGUGUAUAUAUCUACCCUUUAAAUGCCCAUAACAAGUGACGGAGAAAGCGCGUGUUUAAACGUCCAUAUCAAGCGAGGGAAAGCGAAUGUCCAUAUCAAGCGAGGGAAAGCGAAUGUCCAUAUCAAGCGAGGGAAAGCGAAUGUCCAUGUCAAGCAAGGGAAAGCGGAUGUCCAUGUCAAGCAAGGGAAAGCGCAUGUCUUCAAACGUCCAUAUCAAGCGAGGGAAAGCGAAUGUCCAUAUCAAGAGAGGGAAAGCGAAGGAUAUUCUUUUCAGUUUGUGUUCUAAAAAAAAAAUAUAUGUUUCCUGUUGAGGCUUUCAGGACAUCUGUGCAAAUUAAGUCAAUUUUCUUGGAAAACCCUGGAGGGGUCAUCUGCUGCCAUUGGAAGUGGAAAUCUCUAAUUCAUUGGUGUUAGGAGAGAAUAGAUGGUCUCCACUCUGAUUAUGCUCUGAGUCCGCUUUACGAUGGUCCGUCGCUUCAAACCUUAUUAAUUAUAGCAAUGCUUGCCAAAUGUCCAACCUGGAGUGUCGGCGUAUUUCUUCGUCGAAGCUUAACGACUCAGGAGCAGCCAGAUUCCCCGAGUUUGUCGCAUCGCGAGCGGGUCCAUCGCGAACGGUGGCACAUCUUAUUGCAAUGCUCUUGGCAGAAAUGUUUCCUUCGUCGAAGUGACUGUAAUGGCAUUUCGUAGUUGCCCGAUCACUGCUGCCUGGUCUCAUGUGAUAAAUACGCUGUUGACAU